ACAACAACAACAACAACACCAACAAGCACCGAACACCGACAUUCACCUCCACCGCCGUCUCAACACCAGGAACCUCCAAAAAUUCACGGAACAACUUGAACCCUACAAAACCCGCCAAAAUGAACCGCCUCUUCGGCACCUCCUCCAAACCCACCGCUCCCAAACCCACCCUCACAACCGCCAUCUCCUCCCUCGACACGCGCCUCUCCUCCAUCGACGUCAAGCUCGCCUCCCUCACCGCCGAGCUAUCCGGCUACCAGUCCAAGCUGGCCAAGAUGCGCGACGGGCCCGGCAAGACGGCGCUCAAGCAAAAAGCGCUCAAGGUGUUGCGGCAGCGCAAGCAGUACGAGGCGCAGCGCGACCAGAUCCAGUCGCAGGUGUGGAACAUGGAGCAGGCGCAGACGAUGCAGGACAACCUCAAGAACACCAUGGUGACGAUUGACGCGCUCAAGACGACCAACAAGCAGCUCAAAAAGGAGUAUGGCAAGGUGGACAUCGACAAGAUUGAGCGGUUGCAGGACGAGAUGGCGGAUCUGUUGGACGUCGGAAAUGAGAUCCAAGAGUCAUUGGCGAGGAGCUAUGAGGUGCCCGAGGAUGUGGAUGAGGACGAGUUGGAUGCCGAGCUGGAGGCGUUGGGGCAGGAGGUGGAGUUGGAGAGGGAGAUGUAUGGUGGGAUGGAGGCGGGAGCGGUGCCAAGUUUCAUGCAGGAUGAGGUGCCCGAGUUUGUGGAUGAGGAGCCCAAGGUGGGAGGAAAGGUCAAGGAGGUUGCUGGUUAGAAGGGCAGGCUGGUGAUGAUGAGGGACAUAUAAUGGGAAGGGCUGGGUUAGACCGCUUUGGGGACCUAGUUUUGAGAGUUCGACAAGUUGCUUUGGGAUUGGAGUUAUGGCUUGAUGAUUUCAGGUUGAAGCUGAGGGAGGGCAUGCAUUUGCACAUGGUUCGGUUGAACCAUAUCGUUGUUAUACCAAUCGAAAAGACGGCAUUACAGACAAGCGGUGUUUUCUUUCCAUUGCCUUUACCCGAAGGUUGUGUCUCCGAGUUGUAGAAUAGUCGCCAUUUUCUCGUUGCGAAACUAGGCAUACACAACAUCACAGAGACGAGCGUGGAAAGAGACACGGAACGACACAUCCAUUGAGCGUAUACUCUGCCAUGCUCUAUGGUCAAAUAAAAUCCAUGAC